UUGGAAGUUGGCAGGUGGAGAGGCAGGUUGGGAGGGGAAGUUGGGGGAGGAGGCGGAAGAGGAGCUGUCGGAAGGGGGAGGAGGGAGGGAGGGGAGGAAAAGAGGAGGAGGCGGAGGAGAGCUGAGCUGAGCUGAGCAUCGAGCCAAAGGGGAGAUGAGUUUGUCUGUCCUCGGAUGAGGCUCCGGCCGGGCCUAGGGAACUGGGAGCUCGCGUUGGAGCGACACCCGUGGAAGUGGGAGGAGGUGGCUCUGGGUCCUUAACCCCUUGUGGGCUCUGCGGCAGGGGAUUUAACCCUUUGUGGAUCCGGCCCCUCGGAGGUAGCGUCAUCGGGUAGUUUUAACUCCUUCGGGGCUGGGUUUAACCCGUUGGACUUUACCUCAUCUCCUUGCCCAUCUACUCCUCGAUCGUGGGGGCGCUCUGCUUGGAGGCUUGAGGCCCACCCCCUCCACAUUACGUACUGUUCCUGCUGCUGCACCCCUUUGGACCCGCUGUGGGCGCUUAACCCUUUACUGACGAGCUCCCCCAAGUUGCAAUUGGAGUUGGUUGACAGAAGGAUUGGCUAAAGGCGUCACUGCAGGAAUUGCUGACCGAAGUGGACUCUGUUGGACAUUUUAAAAAAGAAAAACCUCUUUUUUUCCUUUAAGGACUUACAGCCAACAUUUUUCAAACUUCCAGAAGAGGACUCUGUUAGCCAUGGCCGAGCCACUCUUGUCGGAAUAUCAGCACCAGCCUCAAACUAGCAACUGUACAGGUGCUGCUGCUGUCCACGAAGAGCGGAACCCCGAUCGACCCCCAGGCGCGGAGGAGCGGGUGCCCGAGGAGGACAGUAGGUGGCAAUCGAGAGCGUCCCCCCAGUCGAGUGGCCGUCCAGGGCAGGAGGGGGAAGGGAGCCUGGAACCCAAGCCGCAGCCUCUGCAGACCCAGGUCUGUCUAGAACCUAGCUGCCCAGAAGCUGACGAGAAGGGCCAGAAUGGGGACGACUUGUCCGCUGGCGGAGCACCCCCGCCGGCGGCGGGAGGGGAACCGAGGCCCGAGGCCGAACCGCUCACCCAGCCAUGUCACGACUCCCAGGCCAAUAAGUUGGGGGCUCCUGCCGCAGGGGGCGAGGAGUCGUGGAGACAGCAGCAGAGACAGCUGGGCAAGAAAAAACAUAGGAGACGCCCCUCUAAGAAGAAGCGGCAUUGGAAACCAUACUACAAGCUGACCUGGGAGGAGAAGAAAAAGUUCGACGAGAAACAGAGCCUGCGAGCUUCGAGGAUUCGAGCCGAGAUGUUCGCCAAGGGCCAGCCGGUCGCGCCCUAUAACACCACACAGUUCCUCAUGGAUGAUCACGACCAAGAAGAGCCGGAUCUCAAAACCGGCCUCUACCCCAAGCGGGCCGCUGCCAAAUCCGACACCAGCGAUGAGGACUUUAUGGAAGAAGCGGGCGAGGAGGAUGGGGGCAGCGAUGGGAUGGGAGGAGACGGCAGCGAGUUUCUGCAGCGGGACUUCUCGGAGACAUACGAGCGGUACCACGCGGAGAGCCUGCAGAACAUGAGCAAGCAGGAGCUCAUCAAGGAGUACCUGGAGCUGGAGAAGUGCCUCUCGCGCAUGGAGGACGAGAAUAAUCGGUUGCGGCUGGAAAGCAAGCGGCUGGGCGGCGACGACGCGCGUGUGCGGGAGCUGGAGCUGGAGCUGGACCGGCUGCGCGCCGAGAACCUCCAGCUGCUGACGGAGAACGAACUGCACCGGCAGCAGGAGCGACCGCCGCUGUCAAAGUUUGGAGACUAGACUGAAACUUUGGGGGGGAGGGGGCAAAGGGGACUUUUUACAGUGCUGGAAUGUAACAUUAUAUACAUGUGUAUAUAAGACGGUGGACCUUUUUAUGACACAUAAUCAGAAGAGAAAAUCCCUUGCUUUGGUUGGUUUGGUAAAUUUAACUAUGAUGUAGCUUGCGUGCUUUCUCCUGUUCUUUAAUUAUGUGAAACUUGAGGGUUGCUUUUCUUGUUUUUCUUUUUAGAAGGUUUUGUUUGUUUGUUUUUAUGUGCAAGUAAUUUGACCAAGUUAUGCGUUUUUCUGUUAAAAACCCUCUCCUUAAACGGAGCUAUGAGGUGGCCAAAUCUGAGAACCAUUAAAUUCAUUCUAGAUAUAAUAAAUUUAAUAUUUGUAAAUGGAACAGUUUGUGUGAUUUCUAGAGCUAAUUCAAAAACAGUACUGAUUUUAUGCCAUUGCAUUUUUUGGGGGUAAAGAAAUCAUUAAAUUUGUCAGUUUGAAAAAUCUUUAAUGGGAGAAUUUUCAGUUUGCCGAUUUUUCCCUUGAGUGGGUUUUGGUAUGCUACAAGCUACAGUUCAGGCAAAAUAUAAAGAUGUAAAUAUAGCGUCCAACUUAA